GCGUCGCUCGCCCGUCCAUACUCAGCCAGAGCCAAAUGCCACCGAAAUUGUACCAUCCUCAACCAACCCAUGCUGUUCCAAUGAUGAAUAUGCAGGUAAAUGAGCAUUUUGUUAACAAUCAGCCGGUUGGAGGGGCGAAAGCUGGAUUUCCUCCAACGAUGGGCCAGAGCUUUUUCAGCAAUUCAGCAGCUGCUCAAAUGGGCCUUCAAAUGGGUCGAACGGCCGUUACCACUGGUCAGGAGUAUGUGGAAAAGAAUUUUGGCAGAUGGUUCUCGUUCUCUAGUUUGCAUUACUACUUUGACGUUUCGAAUUCGUACGUCGUAAAAAAGCUCAUGCUCAUUCUCUUCCCCUGGAGACGCAGAUCAUGGGCCAGAGUGCUGAGACGCUCCGAGGUUAGUGGAAGCUCUGAAGGUUACUGUCCACCGAGCGAGGAUGUGAACGCCCCAGACAUGUACAUUCCUUUGAUGGCAUUUACUACUCACAUUCUCCUUACAUGUGCCCUAAAUGGUAUUCGGGGUAAUUUUCAUCCAGAGCUGUUUGGAAUUCGGGCUAGCAAGUCGUUUGGUAUCGUUCUUUUCGAGUUUCUCGCUACUCGGCUGGGUUGUUAUUUGCUAAAUAUUUCGAGUCAAAGCCAGGUACUAGAUAUGGUUGCUUACAAUGGCUACAAGUUUGUUGGCCUCAUUCUCACAACGUUUGCACGGCUAGCUGGGUCAACUUGGCUGACGGUAAGCGUAUUUGUAUACACAUACUUGUCGACCGCUUUCUUCCUCCUGCGUUCUCUCAAAUAUGCUGUUCUCCCUGAGUCUACAAUGGCUAUCAAUGCCACCAUUACCUCUCAUCAACGUACUCGGCGCAUAUAUUUUUUGUUCUCUAUAGCUGCUUUACAAGUUGUGUAUAUGUUCUUCUUGCUGUAAUUGCAGCAAUCCCAACAUGCAAGAAAAGAAAGAAUCAUGAAAACUCACUGUGGCAGUUGGUUAAAGGACCGGUGACGCCAACUGUUUUGCUGUACAAUUUUUCUCUGAAAAGGGUUCCCGAUAUGCUUUCAAUAAGGACAUUUAUUGAGAAGCUCACCAGUCUCCUUGCUAUAUAUACUACACGGAUUCACUGUAAAGGAACUCAGAUCACUUCCCCUUCCACCCUACUGCACUGACGACAAGAGCAACAACAUAAGGACGACACGUUUGGGAUGAUUAACGAUCGAGAGAACCCGAUUGAUGGGUGCAUG